CCACCUUGUCUUUCCGAACGCUUGACUAACCCAAACGGGCGAAACCAGAGCCCUGGUCGACCUCGAAGUCAACAAGGGGAACACGGACCUGGCCACGCUAACUUCCCAGGGUUACAAUCGAAAGGAAUACAUAAUUUCAGAGAGAAUCUUCGUGAACCCUUUUUCUUUCCUUCCGAUGCGCUGAUCUUGCGACAAGAGAGUCUGCAUACAAAUCUGUAAUCUGUACAUACAAUCCUCAACUUCUGAGAGGUUUACUCGUUCAGGCACCCACGCUAAAACCCCCUCUUUACAUCAUCCUACCGGCAUUAACGACCUCCCUAAUAGGCGACACCUCUCCUCACCUUGCCCCGUUUCCCCAAUCUCCAAUCCGCAUUUCCCCGGUCAACACAACCUUCGCCAAAACAUCUUCCAUCAAACCUUCAUCUAUUCAUCUGGAAAAUGCGCUUCUCCACAACCGCCCUGCUGGCGCUGCCGGUGCUCGCAUCGGCCGCCGAGAGCCCAUUCGAGCAGUACAAGGCCAAGUUCCAAAAUUUCAUCAGCAACUUCGGCGCGGCGGCUCCCAGCGCCGAGAAGGCCGACGCACCAGCGGCCGCCGUCACCAGCGCGUCCACGGGCAAGGCCAAGACGAAGAAGGUGGUAGAACCUAAGAAAAUCUCGACACUCACACUUGAGAACUGGAAGGACACGUUGUUCGAGCCUGUCCAGCCCGACGCGACAAACCCGGAGGAGUGGCUCGUGCUGCUGACGGGGCGGAACAAGACUUGCUUCGGCCGAUGCGACCGAGUCGAGUCCGCCUUCGCCGAGUCGGCGCUCGAUUUCGCGGCGCUGCCGGCGUCGCAACGGUCGCCGCACCUCGCGUCGCUCAACUGCGAGGACCAGCCGGUGCUGUGCAACAGCUGGUCGGCCGGCACGGGCGGGCUGUGGCUCUUUGAGAUGCUCCCGCCCCCGGCCGCCAUCGAGGUCCUGACCAAGCGCGUCAACCUGACCACCGUCACGCCCCAGGCCAUCGUCGACGCGUACACCAACACCGAGCGCGGCGACUCCGAGACCGGCUGGAGGCCCAUCGCCCAGGACGGCUACUUCCACCCCUUCGAGGGCAAGUUCGCCAAGCUGGGCGCCGCCGUGCCCAUCGGCUACGUGCUCUGGGCGCUGAACGCCAUCCCGUCGUGGGGUAUGAUGCUCAUUGUGUCGUUCCUGAGCAGGGCCAUGAUGAACCGCCGCAUGGAUGGUAUGGGCGGUGGCCAGCCGGCUGCCGGUGCUCCUGCCGCCGCUGCACCGCGUGCUGCUGCUCCCGGAGACGGCCGCUCUUGAAAGGCUUGACACUUGAAACGGGUUACGCGGUUAUUUUUGAGUAGGGCUUUUUCCAUGAUAGUACUGUAAUUACUGGGUGGGCUGCCUUUCCGUGCUGGCUCGGUUGGUAGACAUUGUGGGCUGGGGUGGAUGGAUGGGUGUCCGUUUCAUUGUUUUUCAAGUCAGGGGCAGGUCACGGGACAUAUAACCGUUUGAAUAAAGUCAACUCUUUGUCCUACAAAUUU